AUGAAAACCUCACUAAUCUCCGUCGUCGCCCUUGUGCCUUUGGCGCUAAGCGCAACUGUCCCCAAGUUGGCCAAAGUUGACUACAAUGGCUUUAAAGGUCUUCGCAUCACGCUCCCUCAGGGCUCCGAGGAUAUCACAGAACAAAUCAACGAGCUGGCUGCAACAAUCUUGAACCCCGGCUCCAAGGAGAAGCUCGAUGUUGUCGUCUCUCCCAAGAACGUCGAUGCCAUCAGCAAGCUUGCCAAUACCACCGUUCUUGUUGAUGACAUAGGUGCCGCCUUUGCCCAGGAGGAUGUCUCCACCAUCUAUGCUGUCCCCAGUGAGACGUGGUUUACAGCCUACCACACCUAUGCCGACCACUUGACCUUUCUCAGAGACCUUCAAAGCAGCUUUCCUAGCCAGUCUGAAAUCGUCACUGCCGGCUCUUCCUUUCAAGGUCGUGCGUUGACAGGCAUUCACAUUUGGGGUAGCGGAGGCAAGGGUUCCAAGCCUGCCGUUGUUCUCCACGGCACUGUUCACGCUCGAGAGUGGAUCAGCACCAUGACCACUGAGUACGUGGCUUACCAGCUCUUGACCAAGUAUGCCACCGAUUCUGCCAUCAAAACCAUUGUAGACAAGUUUGACUUCUACAUCACCCCGGUUGUCAAUCCUGACGGCUUUAUAUACACUCAGACUACUGAUCGUCUGUGGCGCAAGAACCGUCAGACCAAUACCGGCAGCUCUUGCGUUGGCCGUGACCCUAACCGCAACUGGCCCUACAAAUGGGAGCUUACGGGAGGUGCUUCAACCAGUCCUUGCUCUGAGACCUACAAAGGCGCCGCUGCCAGUGACACCCCGGAGAUUAAGGGUCUCAAGGCCCAGGUCGACUCACUGUCCGCCAGCAAGGGCAUCAGGUUAUAUCUUGACAUUCACUCCUACGGCCAGUACAUUCUGUGGCCGUUUGGGUACGAUUGUGACUACGUCGCUCCUGAUGAUGCUGCCCUACAGUCCCUAGCUCAACGCGGUGCCACUGGUAUCCGCGGCGUUUCUGGGACCAGCUACACAAUUGGAAAUGCAUGCCGUGCCUUGUACGCCACAACUGGCGACAGCACCGACUACAUUCAUGGUGUCGCCAAAUCCAAGUACACCUACACCAUUGAGCUCAGGGAUAAAGGUACUUACGGCUUCUCUCUGCCUGCCAGCCAGAUUCAGCCCACUAUUCGUGAGACAUGGGCAGGAGUUCUUGCAAUGCUUCAAGCCGCGUGA